AUGUCUACCUACAAUUGUACAUCAGCAAUCCAAGUGAGAUGUCCCAUGUGUCCAUCCGACAUUCCCAUCCACAGUCCCGAAGAACUUUGCGGUCAUAUGGCACAAUGCCAUGAUUUCCGUUCAACGAUGCAGUCGAAAUGCUUCGAAAGCUUUGCUCAUUUCCAAAUUUGGCUCUCAAACAUUGAGGAUUCUCGUUGUGAUGGAGGCUAUUUGGGAUCCAGUCAGGGACCGUGUUAUGAAGAUGAAUACUAUCUUCUCUGCCGACGUCGUCCAUCAGCAACUUCAAAACGUCGUCGAAUGUCCGAUGACUUGGCAAACCAUGAAUUGAACACAACAGUCGCUUGCACUGCAUUUGUUCACGUAUUCGAGACGAUGGAUGGACGUGUUACAGUCAGAUAUUGUUUGGAUCAUUGUGGACAUCCAGUGGAGUCAAACGAUGAACAAAGGAAUCGAGGAGAGCGACAAAGAAUCGGAGGAAGGUCUACUCUGAAGAGGAGUUCACCGUGUGCCACAUACGAAUUCUGUGAUGAAAGUUGUGAUUGUGAGCAAUCGUCCUCUUCGAUGGCUUCUUCUCCUACGUCUUCUGUCGAUUUCGAAGACGAAGACACCUCGAAUAACAACUAUAAACUACCAGAAUCAAUCGAUGCAUACACAGUUUCUAGUCUAAAUGCAAUCAUAAAUCAACGUUUGGAUUCGACUGCCGAUCGUCUCCGUGCUCUUACAAAAGUACUUCAGGAACUCGCAGUUGACAUCAGGAAUUCUGAUUUACAAAUGGUUGUUUGA